AUGCGUUAUCUACAAUGUGUUGCCUUAGCUUUUGCAUCAGCUGCAAUUGCAUCGGCUUCUGAUGUCGCUUCCCUUACCAAGGAAACAUUCCCAGAUUUCAUCAAGGAGAAUGAUUUGGCCCUUCUAGAAUUUUUCGCACCUUGGUGUGGUCACUGCAAAGCAUUGGCCCCGGAGUAUGAAGAAGCUGCUACAACAUUGAAGGAGAAGAAUAUUGCCUUGGCCAAGGUUGAUUGCACAGAAGAAGCCGACCUCUGCCAAAGCUUUGGUGUUGAGGGUUACCCAACUCUCAAGGUCUUCCGUGGCCCAGAAAACGUUUCCCCGUAUUCUGGAGCAAGAAAGGCCCCAGCGAUUGUCUCAUACAUGACCAAGCAAUCCCUCCCCGCCGUCUCCGUCUUAACCAAGGAUACAUUGGAGGAUUUCAAGACCGCCGAUAAGGUAGUUUUGGUUGCAUACUUCGAUGCUGAGGACAAGACCUCGAACGCCACCUUCAACACAGUCGCAGAGAAACUCCGUGACGACUACCUCUUCGGUGCCAGUAAUGAUGCCGCUUUGGCAAAAGCCGAGGGUGUUAGCUUCCCAUCCGUUGUUCUUUACAAGUCAUUCGAUGAGGGCAAAGCUAUCUUCCCAGAUGCUUUCGACGCUGAGGUUAUUGAGAAGUUCGCAAAGACUGCGUCUAUCCCCUUGAUCGGCGAAGUUGGCCCAGAAACAUACGCCGGAUACAUGGCCACUGGAAUUCCAUUGGCAUACAUUUUCGCUGAAACCCCAGAGGAGAGAACUACUCUCGCUGAGGCUCUUAAGCCAGUCGCAGAGAAGCACCGUGGUGCCAUCAGCUUCGCAACCAUUGACGCAAAGGCUUUCGGAGCUCAUGCUGGUAACUUGAACCUCGACGCUGACAAAUUCCCCGCUUUCGCUAUCCAAAACACUGUUGACAACAAGAAAUAUCCUUUCGACCAAAGUGUUGAGAUCACCGAAGCUUCCAUUAGCAAGUUCGUUCAACAAUACGUUGACGGAAAGGUUGAGCCAAGCAUCAAGUCUGAGCCAAUCCCAGAGAAGCAAGAAGGCCCAGUUCAAAUCGUCGUCGCUCACAACUACGAUGACAUCGUUUUAGAUGACAAGAAGGAUGUUUUGAUUGAGUUCUACGCUCCAUGGUGUGGACACUGCAAGGCUCUCGCACCAAAAUACGAUAUCCUCGCUGGCCUUUACGCUGAUGCCGGUCACAAUGACAAGGUUACCAUCGCCAAGGUCGAUGCUACUCUUAACGAUGUUCCAGAUGAGAUUCAAGGUUUCCCAACUAUCAAGUUGUACAAGGCCGGUGACAAGAAGAACCCAGUUACCUACAACGGUAGCCGUAGCAUCGAAGAUUUGAUCAAGUUUGUUAAGGAGAAUGGCCAACACGAGAUUGAAGUUACCUAUGAUGAGAGUGCCGCUGCUUCUCCAGAGGCAGAGAAGCCAAUCGCUGAGUCCUUGGCCAAGCAAGCAGAAGCCGCUACUGAGUCUGUCAAGAGCGCAGCUGAGGAGGCUAGUGAGACCGUUUCUAGCAAGGUUGCUGAGGCCACCGAGACCGCAGCUGCUACUGAGGACCAUGACGAGUUGUGA